AUGUCACUCUCAUCUGCAAUGCUAACGGCUCUGAGGGAAUCUCGAGGUGUCCUGAUGUUCUCCUUGUUAACAGUACUCCUCAUUUCUACAGUAACGGCAAAACCUUUGUCCCAAGAUCGGAGAUCCCUGCAGAUUUUGUUAAGGUAAGAUUAUUAUUCUUUUUUAAACUUUUUUUCCAAAAAUCAUCUGUCAAAUAGUUUACAGCCAACUAAAGAUAACGUAGUUUGGUUUAGGCGUUACAGUAAUCCACCUUAAAUUAGCACUUUUUCGAUCUGGGCUUGGUCUUUGGCUGAUCAACGGCUUUCUUUUUUGCAAUCACUGCGCUUGAAAUCAACUACUUUGCUUGUUUUUUGUAAAGAAAUUCGAGAAAAACAGCCCGACAUCAGCUGAUAACAUCCAAUUUCGCUGCUUAUCAUCCACAAACCGAACGGAAACAAAUUGUUUCAAGUGUAAAGUGAAUUCCAAUGAAUAAAAUCAUUUUAUCGCUUAAUCUUCAAAGAAUUCAAGGAUUUCCGGAUAAGAAUAGUAUUUAAAUUGCGUGUAGUCGGGGUUUUUUGCUGAAAAUGGGGAAAGAAUGACAUGACAAGGUAGAAACGUAACCUUUAUAUACAGGGUGGCCCAAAAAAAUGGAAACUUUUUUCCAUGGGUCCUGCCGCGAAAACCUUGAGGUGUAGCCAAAUAAUUUUUUCACCAAUAAAUUCUCUGUAUUUUUCUGCCCUAGGCGUUUUAUUUUCAUGCCCAUAUCGCUUGUUUAAUAUGUCUUUUUUCAAUGUCGAACACAGGGGCCUCGAUUUCCGACUUGUUUCGGCAAGAAAAAAGACAGUGUGAGGUUGAUAAAUUGCUGGCUGUAGCAAAAUUUGUCAUGCCAAAAGCCACCAAAUUAUUCAACGGAAUACUCCGAGAUAGUACGCGUCCGGGAAGUCGAAAAAAGUGCACCUUAAAUACUUCUGCCAACCUUGAGAUCGUCAAAAAGCGAGUGAAGCGAAAUCUGAUGGUGUCCAAGAAAAAGAUUGCCCGAGAGACCGUAAUCAACAGGGCAGCUAUCUGCGAAAUGGCCAAAAAUGUACAGCAGCUUAAGCCUUACAGGCUACAAAAAGUUCAGCGCCCUACGGAAGACCACACUUUAGUGCGGCACAAAAGACUUUGAAAACUCAGGCGCCGCGCCGGUGCUCUGGGGAUCAGAGGGGAUCCUGUUCAUGGGUGAGACAUAGCUCAACAUUGAGCAGGUCGACAAACACCAGAAUGACAGUAAUUACGCUGUUGAGCGUCAUCAAGCAACCGCAAUCUUCGAACCCUGUCAAAACCUCUUCCGUCAUGGCCUGGGGCAAAAUUUUGCGCCAGAGGCAAGAUAUCCCCGUUUUUCGUGGUUAAGAUGUCAAAAUCAACCGAAACGUCUACCACCGGUAUUCUGGAGGUAGUGGGUGCUUCCGUGGGCUCAGUAGCAACUUGUGGAUCAAAAUUUAACGUUAUAACAAGAUUCAGCUCCGACCGACAAGGCAAAAAGUGCUCGGCGGCUGAUUUUCCCGAUUUUUGCUACGUCUGCAAAAUUGCCGCCUACUCGCCGGAGAUGGAUCGUAUAAUUUUAAUUUUUUUUUGAAUUGGAGGCGAACGCCUGUGCUAUACGUCACAAACGUUUGGACCGGCUAAGUUAUCGCUGCGCCAAGAACGGGACCGAUUUCCCCAAAAAAAGCUGCGGCGUAUCGCCCAAAAUUUUCAGUCACGUUUGGCACUCUAUAUCGCCGCGAACGGCAGAUAUUUCGCAACUGGCCGAACAUGUUAUCAACAAUGUUCCAUGGCAAUGAUAUCGAUAAUUACUUUGGCAAAAUUUAGGUCGUGAACCGAAAUAUAGCUAUAAAUAUGAGUUUCCAUUUUUUUGGGCCACCCUGUAGAUAAAAAUAUAAUUGUCGAUACAAAAACUAACAUAAGGUUGUUUUCAGAGCAAUUGACAACGAACUCGAGAGCCCCUACUCGGACGACCUGAUGCCUUCGAGGUCACGUCGAGCCGUGGCAUCAGAAUUGCCUCAGGACAAAAGAGAACUCUUGGCCUACGACAAGAAGAGCUAUCCGCGGAUAUGUUACUUCAGCCCCAUCCAAUGUCUUUUCACUCGGAUGAGUCUCAAGAAGUGA